AUGCAACAUGCGACCGUGUCAUCAACAGUCAGUCAGAUUGAACGCGUCUUUACUGCGGCCAGCCACAAGAAGGUCUGGGAUCACUUCACAAAGGCUCAACGGAAAAACAUCGAAAUGUGGAAGAAACAAUCCUCGGAAAUUAAAGCGGUACAGCUGGAAGAAUCUCUGAUGGAAGGCGAAGGAGAGAUGGAAGUUUCGGAUUCGGAGGAGGAACCGCAACGGAAAAAGACGCGCAAUCAAUCGGACGCGCACGACGACGUCGAAAGAUUGCAAACAUUGAAGGAAGAGAACGACAGUCUUCGGUGUCAAUUGGAGGCGUACAAGAACGAAGUAGAUCUGCUGAAAUCCGAAACGAAAAGCGAGAUAGACGCAAAGGACAAGCAAACGAAGAUGUUGCAGCAAACUCUGAAAGGGAUGCAGGAACAGUUGAUGCAAUCGAGGAAACAACAAGCGCAAGACGACCAGAAGAUCAAAGAUUUAACGGUGAAAUUGAACGCCACGAAGAAGGAAGAACCUAGCGAAAGCGAGAUCAUAACGCUGGACAAAGACGACGACGUCAACCUCGAGGAACCUCGAACCCCGAAGCAGUUAGUUUUGACGUCUAGCUUGGUACAAAUCAGCCAGAAAGACGCCAAACUGAUAGGAUUAAUAGCAACGUUUUUACACAUUCAUCCGUUUGGCGCGAGCGUGGAUUAUUUGUGGUCCUAUUUGCAAAAAAUGGAGCCAGGUAUCAAGCCAAACGAAGUGGAAGCACUGAUGCAACGCUUUCCUCAAGUCUUUAAACAAGACUUGUUCGGAAUCGGGGCGAACAUGGAAAGACGUUGGCAAUUUUCAGGUUUCAACGUUUAUCGUAAUCAUUGA